AUGGCUGCCGGACCUCCCAGCGAGGCAGAGGAGCUUCUGCUCUGGGAGGACAUCACGGCUUGUCUGCGAGGUGCUGCGGAAGUCGACUCCGCUGUUUUGCGCCUUAAGCUCGUCCUCCAGCUUCAUCGCCAUGGGCAGGGUCCACCCGACGGUUGGAACCCCGAGGCCGACUUCCUUCUUUGGCUCUCGGAGGGCCGAGAGGCCAGAGCGGGCCGCCUUCUGACUCUUGAAGAGGAUGUUGCCUUGUUGGACUUCUUGGGCGGAGGCUCGCAUGAGGCAGGUUGGCAGCUCCGAGCAAGGACGCAGGUUCAUCGAGAGCUCCUGCAGCUCGCAUCCGCCCGUGGCCACGUCACCCAGCGACCCGGGCGUCUCGAAGAGGGCACUGUCGUCGUGCUUCGGCGCUCCAAGCAUUCCAGCCUGCCCGGUCGUCAUGAGAGAGGAAAGGCGACUCUCGAGUCGGCUGGCCACGCCAAGCUGCUUGUGGCUUUGGAGGCGGCGGCGUUACCCGCGGAUGCGCCUGGGGCCGCAAAGGCGCUUCCUGCCCUCCUCGCAGCGGCAGACAGCCUGGAUGGCGAAGAAGGAGCUGGCAAGAAGACGGGCGUGCUAGCCGU